AUGACCAACAAUCAACUCUAUGGUACUCCCACCAACAGUCAACUCUACGGUCCUCCCACCAACAGUCAACUCUAUGGUACUCCCACCAACAGUCAACUCUAUGGUACUCCCACCAACAGUCAACUCUACGGUCCUCCCACCAACAGUCAACUCUACGGUCCUCCCACCAAUAGUCAACUCUAUGGUACGCCCACCAACAGUCAACUCUACGGUACUCCCACCAACAGUCAACUCUAUGGUACUCCCACCAACAGUCAACUCUACGGUACUCCCACCAACAGUCAACUCUACGGUACUCCCACCAACAGUCAACUCUACGGUACUCCCACCAACAGUCAACUCUACGGUACUCCCACCAACAGUCAACUCUACGGUCCUCCCACCAACAGUCAACUCUAUGGUACUCCCACCAACAGUCAACUCUACGGUACUCCCACCAACAGUCAACUCUAUGGUACUCCCACCAACAGUCAACUCUACGGUACUCCCACCAACAGUCAACUCUAUGGUACUCCCACCAACAGUCAACUCUACGGUACUCCCACCAACAGUCAACUCUACGGUACUCCCACCAACAGUCAACUCUAUGGUACUACCACCAACAGUCAACUCUAUGGUACUCCCACCAACAGUCAACUCUAUGGUACUCCCACCAACAGUCAACUCUAUGGUACUCCCACCAACAGUCAACUCUAUGGUACUCCCACCAACAGUCAACUCUAUGGUACUCCCACCAACAGUCAACUCUACGGUACUCCCACCAACAGUCAACUCUACGGUACUCCCACCAACAGUCAACUCUACGGUACUCCCACCAACAGUCAACUCUCUCUAUGUCAACUCUAUGGUACUCCCACCAACAGUCAACUCUAUGGUACUCCCACCAACAGUCAACUCUACGGUACUCCCACCAACAGUCAACUCUACGGUACUCCCACCAACAGUCAACUCUACGGUACUCCCACCAACAGUCAACUCUAUGGUACUCCCACCAACAGUCAACUCUAUGGUACUCCCACCAACAGUCAACUCUACGGUACUCCCACCAACAGUCAACUCUAUGGUACUCCCACCAACAGUCAACUCUAUGGUACUCCCACCAACAGUCAACUCUAUGGUACUCCCACCAACAGUCAACUCUAUGGUACUCCCACCAACAGUCAACUCUAUGGUACUCCCACCAACAGUCAACUCUAUGGUACUCCCAACAACAGUCAACCCUAUGGUACUCCCACCAACAGUCAACUCUAUGGUACUCCCACCAACAGUCAACUCUACGGUACUCCCACCAACAGUCAACUCUACGGUACUCCCACCAACAGUCAACUCUACGGUACUCCCACCAACAGUCAACUCUACGGUACUCCCACCAACAGUCAACUCUAUGGUACUCCCACCAACAGUCAACUCUACGGUACUCCCACCAACAGUCAACUCUAUGGUACUCCCACCAACAGUCAACUCUAUGGUACUCCCACCAACAGUCAACUCUAUGGUACUCCCACCAACAGUCAACUCUAUGGUACUCCCACCAACAGUCAACUCUACGGUACUCCCACCAAAACCCCUACUGGAUUGUUUUGUUCUCCGGUGAGGGACGAGGGGAUUGGAGGGUUGGAAAGAGAGGGGUAG